AUGGCUGCUGCUAAGGACAGCUUUCUUGACCUGGAAAGGCAUCGGCAGAAGUUAGAGGAAAAUGUCACGAGACUUUCUAAUGCGCUUGACCACUGGAAACAAUGGAAGAAAGAGUAUGAGGCGCUGCGAGCUGAUGUGAAGUCGCUACCGUCAGCAGCUAGUCGGAAGGAUUUGAAAAACACCCGGGAAAAGUUUAAGGGCGAGUUAUUGAAUGAGAAGGAGCUCGUUGACGUCUUCGGGCGUGACGACUCGAAGAAGGUCGAGCAGAUCAUUAGCACGCUCACUAAUCGGCUGGAUUAUGUCUCCAAGAAUAUCGACACGCUUGGUAAGCAGCAUGAAGAGGCAGGAAAUAGACUUGCUGCUGUCACAAUUGUUGCAAAUCCAGACGCAACUGAUGAAGAUGGACUACCAAUCACCGAAAUACUAGAGGAGCUAGACGACGAUGACAAUAUUGUGUCGUAUAGCUUACGCACCGCAGGAGAUACCCAACCCCAAGUUCUUGAAGCUCUUCGGAAGGCUGGAAUUUCUGAUUUUUCACCCACUGAUCCUACCCCAAUGUCCGAGCCCUCACAGAAGACACAGGAUGACAAAUCAACCUCAAAUGGCGACUUGGGUACAUCAAACCAUCAAUCUAAGGAACUUCAGGUGAAUGAUUCGCCAAAGGAUGCUCCAAAUGUGAUUGAUAGUUCGCAGGUCAAGGAAAAAGCGAAAGUAAAAUCUGCAUCUAGGAAGAAAAGCGUGACGUUUAGCGAAGACACAAAAUCUGGAGAAGAGCUGGAGCAGUCGGAAACUGCCAAGAGACUGGAAGAGAUCCUGCAAAAAGCUAAGGAUCAGCAGAGCAUAAUAUCAGACCCUAUUCUCCCUGCCGACGAAUCUAUAGAGGAUGCUGCACUGAGAGAAGAUAUGAUUCGUUACAACAAAGAUACGAUGGAGUUUGAGAUGGCUCCUAUUGUUGCGGAGUUGCAACUAGAAGAAGGAUCUACGAGCGACGAUACGGAUGAUCAUAGUGACUAUGAAGAGGAUGAUGAUGACGAUGAAGACGAAUGGGGUAAGACUAAGCUUACCGUUGACGAUGAUUGGAAGCGGCGAAUGCUGGAACUCAAAGAGCGGCUGAGCGACUAUUCCUUUAGUAAGACCCAGGCGAUGGAUGAUGAGGAAGAUGUGAUGGAAGGUAUUGGCCGGAUAAGCAUCAAACGUCAGGGCCAAGAUGCUCUGAAUGGUAAUGUCGAAAGGCAACCAAUUAUUCCACCCGAAGCCGAAGACCAGUCGUCAGAACAAGACAACAAAAAGAGUGUUAGAUUUGCCCAGAGUCUUGAUAUAGCUGAAGCGUCAGAGUCAGCUCCGGAGCGAGUGCCCCAAUCACAAUCUAAGCAGCACGAGGUGGACCCAUUAUCCGACAUUGUCAUGGAGCGCAGCGGCAGCAGCACAACAACGCAACCGACAGCGGCACCAAGUAAGAAAGUAUCCCGGUUCCGAAAGGCAAGGAAUGAUGAUACCCAUAUAAAUGCAACUCCGAUAGCCCUGGGCGGUACCCCUAUCAUGCCAGAUACACCCGAUGUCGUUGGUCCUACCCCCUCAGGACCGGCAAACCAGACCCUGGCGACUUCUGUCUUGGAGCAUAAACCAUCUUCGGAAGUGAGGGAGCCGGACGAAUUCGACGCUAAUAUGCUACAAAAGCAGGCGACAGAAGAAUACUACAAGAUGCGUAACAAGCUCAUCCAUCAACAGGGCGGGUUUAUGAAAGAAGAUGAAAGUCCUAUCCAGCCGCUUGAUGAAGAGCAAGGUGGACCAAAGCGGAUGAGUCGCUUUAAGGCGGCUAGACUGGCUAAAUCUUGA